AUGUAUGCGUCGGAAUUCGAAUCCGAGAGACGGGCCAGGUACACAUCUUAUCAGCGGAUACUUCGGGAUUUUGGGCUUUCCUUGGCUCGCAAUUAGGGUGAUGGCAGCAGCGAUGGCGACGGGUGCGAAUGCACAGAAUCUGCACCCUAUCAGGAGAGGAACAUCAAAAAACACGGCCCUCGCGGAUCCGCCCCGAUCCAUGGAAGACAUCGCGGAAGGCGCCCGCAAGGUGUUGAAUCACAUCGAAAACAAUGGCUUAACAUCCAGCUCAACCCGGUUGAUUUUCCCGAGACCAGCGCCCAAGAAGACAGCCACGAAAACCGACUUUCCCAGUUUAUUGGUGAGAUCACGACCCUCAACGAUGCGAAUAACACUCCUGAGCCAAGUAUUGAGGAAGUGGAUCCGGAGAGCCCCGAAUCCCGAAGACUGGUUGUUUUGAAAUACAGGAAACAGCAAGCGGUAUCAAUUAGGUCCCUCCCCCCCGUACUUGCAACUGAUGCAGUGACAAUCGACGACCCACAUGACGAAGUCUGGCAUGAAGCUAGCGAGCGAAGCGAUGACGAGCAGCCCCAUCAAUGA